CGUUUUAUCCAUUUUCUGCUAAAUAUGUACACACUUUGAUGGAAAAAGAGAGAGAAAAAAAUUAGGGCCACAAAAAGGUUGCAAACAUAUUUGAUAAAUUCAAAUAAAUACGAUUGCACGGCGACGGUGCCAACAAGAUAAAACGCGCCACGCACUGUGCCGACACCCAAAGCUGGUAACAAACGCCAACAACAAUUCAACUGCGUGCACAGUUAGCGAAAUCAGGACAAAUGGCGGAAAACGGAAUGCGUGUCGGCCCAGGGUCAACAUCGGUGGUAGCAGUAGCUGCAGCUGGCGGAUCGUGUGUGGGAGUGGCAAAUGCUGGCACCGCCAACGGCGAGCACGAGAACGAACACAAUGCGGCAGCGGAUAAUGAGAAGGCGCAGCCGGCGCGUCUCAACGAAUCGGCACAGAAAUAUAUGCAGGAACUUAUGAGCGAACGAUCCCGCAUGGAGAACCAAUAUCCACUAGCACUAAAACUUAUUGACGAAGCUUUAGAACGGGUGCAGCUAAAUGGCCGGAUACCGACGAGAGAUCAGUAUGCCGAUGUGUAUCAGCAGCGUACGAUUAAAUUGUCGCAGAAGGUGCACGUGCCGAUCAAGGAUAAGAAAUUCAACUAUGUUGGCAAAUUGCUUGGCCCCAAGGGCAACUCACUGCGCCGGCUGCAGGAGGAGACACAGUGCAAGAUUGUCAUAUUGGGUCGUUUCUCGAUGAAGGAUCGUGCCCGCGAGGAGGAGUUGCGCAAUUCAGCGGACGCCAAAUAUGCCCACCUCAAUCUACCGCUCCAUGUCGAAGUGUCGACCAUAGCGCCGCCAGCGGAGGCCUACGCACGCGUUGCCUACGCCCUGGCCGAGAUUCGGCGCUAUCUGAUACCCGAUAAGCAUGAUGAUAUACGCCAGCAGCAGUAUAAGGAGCUCAUGGAGGAUCCAGAGGCGGCCAAAAAGCUAUCACUUCGCCAGGUGCAACAACACCAGCAGCAGCAGCAGCAACAACAACAGCAGCAGCAGCAACAACAACAACAAUCAGCUGGAGGCAGUGGCGGCGGCGGCGGUGGCAAUGGCAACAAUCGCUCCUGCGGCAACUACAGACAAAAGUUUCAGCAGCAAUCGCACUAUCAUCACAACGACGAGACUGUCUAUUAUCGUUCCCACAACAAUGGCUACCACCAGCCAAAGCCCUAUGUGCCAGCUACCCAACGGGGCAAUGCAAUGCAUACCGCAUUGCCGCCGCAGACAAUUGUACGGGAAUCACCCUGCAUGCUGGUCAGUUCGGCCAGUUUUAAUGGACGCAAUGCUGCGCUUGGUAAUGCCAGUGGUGGCAUUAUGGCCAACACUAUUGUAACUGCCACCGGUGGCACUGUGCCGCCAAAUAUACGGCACUAUCGUCCCGCCGCCCCCUAUCAGUUUGUCAAGAAAUAAUACAGAAGCAAUGCGCCGCCACCGCCUGCUGCCGCUCGCUGUUUGUUCACCAUUUUGUCAACAUCCGCAUCAUCAUCAUCCACAUCAUCAAUGUCGUCAUCUCAUCCAAACGCAUGCCCCGCCUAGCAAUGUGCAUAUACAUAUAUAUACAAUCAUAGAUACAUACAUACAUAAAUAUAUAUAUACAUCUCUAGUAUAUUAUGCAUGUGCAUGCGCCGCCAUUUGAUUGGGCUUUUCGGUCGAUUUCAGGCCAGAGCCGGAAUCUCAAACCACACACACACAUUCACACUCGCACGCACACUGCUCCAAAGGUAGAUGUAAUAAGUACACACACAAUUUUCAUACAUUUGACUUUAACAAAAAAGAUUUCGAAAAGUGGAAA